UAACUUCCGGCUUUGCGGUGUGGGUUCGUACUAAACGCGCCAAAUUGGUAACGCAGACAGUAAGGGCUGAUUAUAGUAAUAAACAAGAGCUAUAUAUUUUUACUUAUUGUGUAAUUCAUCAGUUGUACCCUGAGUGUGUGUAAGCAUAUGGAAGAAUCUCCUGUUAUCCGACAUUUUACCUCCACAGAGCUGUAAAAGUGAAGAUCAUGGCAGUGCCUUUUGUACAGGACUGGGAUCUGGUGCAGACUCUAGGAGAGGGCGCUUAUGGCGAGGUACGCCUGCUGGUCAACAGGAAGACGGAGGAGGCGGUGGCUGUGAAAGUUGUGGACGUGUCCACUGCCAAGGACUGUAUGGACAACGUGAAGAAGGAGGUGUGUGUGCACAAGAUGCUGUCCCACCCCAACAUAGUGCGCUUCUAUGGACACAGGAGCGAGGGCUCCAUCCACUACAUCUUCCUGGAGUACUGCAGUGGCGGGGAGCUGUUCGAUCGAAUAGAGCCGGAUGUGGGAAUGCCGGAAAAGGAAGCUCACAGGUUUUUCCAGCAGCUCAUAGCUGGAGUGGAAUAUCUCCACAGUAUCGGGAUCACGCAUCGAGACAUCAAGCCAGAAAACAUCCUGUUAGAUGACAAAGAUAAUCUGAAGAUCACAGAUUUCGGACUGGCCACCAUGUUCCGGCACCGUGGCCGCGAGCGUAAGUUGGCCCGUCUGUGCGGCACGCUGCCCUACGUGGCUCCAGAGCUGAUGUCCCGCUCCGAGUUUAACGCUCAGCCUGCAGACGUCUGGGCCUGCGGCAUUGUUCUCACUGCCAUGCUGGCUGGAGAGUUACCAUGGGACCAACCGAGUGAGAACUGUCAGGAGUAUUCUGACUGGCUGCAGAAGAAAACCUACCUUACACCAUGGAAGAAGAUUGAUUCCAUGCCUCUUGGUCUGUUAAGUAAGAUACUGCUCCAUAGUCCUGAGGACCGGAUCACCAUUCCUGAGAUCAAAAAGCACCGCUGGUUCAGCAGGAGCUUCAAAUCAGGGGGAAAACGCCAGACUGAUAUCCACGGACCGCUAACCAAGAUGCUGCGGUCUGACUCGGAGAGAUUGCAGCUAGCACAAACUAACAGUGAAGAGCGGGUGCAGAUUUCCAGCUCUCAGCCGGAGCCGCAGGGUUUGUGGGAGGUCAGGGAGGACGUGCUGCACACUGAGGGAGCUCAGGUCAGCUUUUCCCAGCCUGCCUGCCCUGAUCACAUGCUAUUAGGAAGCCAAUUGCUGGGCACACCGGGCGCUAGCCAGAACCCAUGGCAGAGGUUAGUGAGGAGGAUGACCAGGUUCUUCACUACCCUGAAUGCAGAAGCGACCUGCACGGCCCUGCGUGACACCUGUAUUAACCUGGGCUACACGUGGAAACAGAGCUGCGCCAACCAGGCGACAGUGUCCACAAUGGAUCGCCGUAACAACAAGCUGAUCUUCAAAAUCCACUUCCUGGAAAUGGAGGAACGUAUUCUUGUAGAUUUCAGACUAUCAAGGGGUGAUGGUUUGGAAUUCAAGACAAUAUUCGUGAAACUCAAACAGAAGCUGUCAGACAUCAUAAGUAACCAAAGGGUUCCCGUAGUUUUUACAUGAUGAAGUAAAUCACAUAGGUUCAGUAGUGAUAAUCACGCCUGCAUAUCAUGUUUUGUUCUUGCUUUAUACUUGUUUCUAGUGCUUCCAGUUUGUUAGCAUGAAUAAGGAAUGUGAAAACAUUGUAUAGGAUUUUAAAGGCUCACUUCUGAGUUUCUUUUUUUCCCUUCUCUCCUUCUACUGUGAAGUUUUAAGACCACCCCUUGUUUCUCGCUGACUUGUUUUAAAGUUUUCUCCUGCUGCUCCUGUUAGAAAAAGCUAAGAAUAAAUAUUUCCAAAACCAAGAUAAUGACCA